AUGAUGUAUACAGAAGAGCAACUGGCGCUCUACUUUGCGCGCAUCGGCCUGUCGGGUCCGCAGGUGCCCAAAGACCACCAGCACGGCGGCGAUCCGCUAGCGCUGCUCGCAGAGCUUCAGAAGCGCCAGAUCGCUCAUGUCCCGUUCGAGGACCUCGACCUGCACUACUCAACGCACCACAUGCUGUCGCUGGACCUGGAUGACCUGUUUGAGAAGAUUGUAGUCCGCAGGCGUGGCGGCUACUGCAUGGAGACGAAUACCUUCUUCGCUGCAGUGCUGCGGAGUCUGGGCUUCACGCUCAUCACCUGCGGCGCAAAGGUCAAGUUUGGCGAACGGUUUGGCCCGUGGAGCCAUAUGAACAACAUUGUGAUUAUCAACGGCAAACGUUACAUGGUGGACGUCGGCUUUGGAGGCAACGGACCCGUCCGGCCCAUGCCCCUAGACCAUGGGGUCGUCGUUGACCGCAUCCUCCCUUCCAGGAUGCGCGUCGAGCACAAAAGGCUACCACAGCACUCCGAACCCGCACAGCGGCUCUGGGUCUUUUCGACGCAAGACAAUGCCGACGCUGAAUGGGUUGAGCAAUAUGCUUUUGCCGACCUCGAGUUCUUUCCCGAGGACUUUGAGUCUAUGAACUGGAAGAUCAUGACGUCACGAACGAUCUGGUUUACCAAAAUGGUCACGGCCUUGAGGUAUAUCCUCAACGAGGAGACGAACGAGUUGGAGGGCCAGAUGAUCCUGCACCACAAUUAUGUGAGACGGAGAACCGGGACGGAGAAUGAGAUACUUGUGAGACUGGAAAAUGAGGAGCAGAGAAUCAAAGCGCUAGCCGAACAUUUAGACAUACACAUCACAGCCGCUGAAGCCAAAUGCAUUCGGGGCAUGGUUACUCAAAUCCCCGUUCCAGAUGAGAAUAGCCGCGCCGACUCAGACUUGCAGAAGCGGACCGCUGGUCCAAACAUCCUAUUCGUGAUGUCUGAUGACCAGGAUUUGCACAUGAACUCGAUGAACGCGAUGCCAAAUGUUCAGAAGCUCCUCGCUGAGCAGGGUACAACUUACAACAAGCACUACUGCACCAACGCUCUCUGUUGCCCUUCAAGGGUCAGUCUGCUGACGGGAAAAGCGGUCCACAACACCAAUGUGACCAGUGUCGUCGCCCCUUACGGUGGAUAUCAAAAGUUCGUCAACACCGGACUGAACAACGACUAUCUCCCAAUCUGGCUGGAGAAAGCCGGGGUCAACGCCUACUACGUUGGGAAACUCAUGAACGAGCACGGAGUCGAUAACUAUAACAAGCCGUUUCCUAAGGGAUGGAAGAAUAGCAACUUUCUUCUCCAGCCCGGAACGUACGACUACGUGAACACAACAUGGUCGUACGAUCAGAAAAAGCCACAAAAUUUCCCCGGACAGAACGCCAUCAACCUGAUCACCAACAACAGUUUAGAGAUGCUCGACCACGCCGUGAAUGACGGCAAACCCUUCUUCUUGGCCGUCGCUCCUGCCAUCCCACAUGUCGGCAUCCAUGCUACCGGUGGUACAUAUGUGCCAGAGCCUGUCGACAAAUGGAAGAACGCAUUCACAGACGCAACGAUACCACCGACAAAGAAUUUCAACCCCAAAGAUCCUAGUGGAGGUGCUUGGGUCAAAACUUUGCCACAGCUUACCCAGGACGAGAUUGACAAGCACAACGAAUUCUAUCGCGCUCGGCUCCGCGUUGUUGCCGGGAUCGACGACAUGAUCGGCGAAUUUGUUGCUGCGCUGGAGAAGAAGGGCAUCCUGGACAAUACGUUCAUCGUGUACACGACCGAUAACGGCUACCAUAUCGGGCAACAUCGGCUCGGCGCCGGCAAGAAGUGCGGGUAUGAGGAGGAUAUCAAUAUUCCCAUGGUCAUUCGCGGCCCCAAUGUGCCGAAGAACAAAGCAACAGACAUUGUCACCACGCACACGGACCUGGCCGCGACCUUCAUGAGCAUGCUUAAGCUGAAGGAGCAGCCCGGAAUGGACGGCAAGGCCAUGCCGCUUACACAGAAAGCGCUGGACGACAACAAGAACGGUCCAUCCGAGCAUGUCAACGUUGAAAUGUGGAGUUCUGGUACCUACAACGAGAACCCACUGAUCAAGGCUGCGGCGACAGUGUACGAAGAAGAUGACGAGGAAGACGUGAAAGUGCAGGCCGCCAUCCCGGGGAUUGGAAAGAACACGUACAAGUCUCUCCGUCUUAUUGGAUCUGGAUACAACCUGUACUACUCCGUUUGGUGCACCAACGAGCAUGAGCUCUACAACAUGGUCGAUGACCCGUACCAAAUGAAUAACCAGCUUGCCGACUUCAAGGCCGGCACUGACAUGAGCCAGAUCAAGGGAAAUAUGAUGGGACAUCCAUUGUCCAAGCUGGUUCCCAGAAUUGAUGCUCUGCAGCUGGUCCUCAAGUCGUGCAAGGGUGCUAGUUGCCGGGACCCGUGGAAGACACUGCACCCACAGGGCAACGUGAAGAGCCUCUCAGACGCUCUGAACCCAGAGUUUGACGCAUUCUACCAGAACCAGCCCAAGGUCGGAUUCACCGGAUGCAAACCGGGGUAUCUGAUCGAACUGGAGGGCCCUCAGAAUGCAAAGCCCUAUUCGACGUAG